CGUAGGGCUAUUUUACUAUUUUAGUACUACAUCAGUUAUUCAACCACACAUUUUUUUAUGUAUCCAUCAAUUUUUUUACACUUCGAAAUCUAUAGUAAAAGACGGUGUUGGUGUGCACGUUUGAGCAUAACUUGGUGUGCCCAAGUAUUUUUUACCUACUUUGUCCCAAAACGAUUACGAAAAUUUGACGUCAGAUCUAAAUAGAUUUGCAAUCACAGAGAUGGGAGAUGGCGGCGAAGGUGCUAGCAGUGAUGGGGGGCCGGUGGUGAUAGAGUGCUGGCGAAGAUGGUGUAAUUGACAGUGGUGGUAUGACUGGUGGUUGUCAUAGGGGAUGGAGGCGAUGGGGGCAAGCGCCUGGCGGUGACGAAGGGAGUGCUGGCAGAAAUGGUGGGGUUGGCAGUGAUUUUGAGGCUGAUGAUGUGGUGGGGGGUGGCCGCGAAGGAAGGCUGGCGGAGACGGGGUGCUGACGGGGGUUAGCGGCAACGAGGGUUGCAGAAAUUGGCGGUGUGGUGAAGCUAGAAGUGGGAAGGAUAUUUUGGACUUAUUCACUCCAAUGUUAACCAUCAAUAAAAAUGACUAAAAGUUAAAAUGUAAACUUUUUUUCCGGACGGAUGGAGUAUUAAAUAGUCUUUUAGUUCAUUAUUUUUUUUUCUUACUUUCCUUUUUUGAGCUCGCAAACUUUUUUCUCAAUUCUUGGCAAUUUUUUAAAUAGUGUGCCAUUAUAUUAUAUUACCUCCGUCUCUGAGUAUUUGUCUAGUUUUAACUUUUUUUAAUUUCGUCAAUUAUUUUCAACAUUUGACAUGUUAUUAAAUAAAAUAUAUAUUGUAUUUGAAUUAGAUAAAAUAAUAUUUUAAAAAUAUUUGAUAUAAUAAAUCUAAUAAAAUUAUUUUUGUACCAAUAUCUAAUAUCAUUUUUAUUUAAAUUAAGGUCAAAGUUUACCAAUUUUGACCAAAAAAAGUUAAGCAUAUAUACGGUCCAUCUUUCUUCUUCACAUACAACUCCCGUCCACAGGAGGAGUUGCCGGAGACAUCGCCGGAGUCUGCAUUAAUUCAAUUGAGAUUUCUUUGCCAAGUCAAUCGAGGUCCGUCACAGAUCUGCCACAGAUUGUGAAUUCCGUCGCAAAUAUUAAAUCUGUCACAACUUUUCUGCGACGGAAGAAAUUCGUUGCAGAUCCGUUGCAGAAUAGAAAUCUGCCACGGAAUUUCAAAUUCUGCCACGAAAUUUUUCCGUUGCAGAUUAGAAGUUUUCUUGUGAUCCAUUAAAAAAUCAUAUCGAGACAUUUACAUUAAUCUAAAGGAAAUCAGGAUGUGUUCGCUCCUAACAAAGCAUAGUGCCUCCUCGACUUGUCUGUCAAUCCGUCAUUGCCUCAAUAUCGUCAUUGCCCACUGGUUGUUAGAGGUUGUUCGAGCCCGUGCACACACUCUCGAAGGGGAGAUGGCCUCCCCUUUCCGUACCUUAGCAUUAUAGGUAGUCCAAAAAUAUUUGAAUAAUUUUAUACUUUAAUUUUAUAUAAAUAUUUAAAUAAAUUUAUUUAGAAAAAAAUCUUUUUUCCCAUUAAAAACAAUUUUAACAGAAGAAAAUUUUUUUAAAUAAAUUAAUUUUAAAAAACUUACUCUACAUAAAAUAACAAGGGGCCAUGCUACACUUACACCACAAAUUGUACCCCAUUUGUACACCGCAGGUAUACACAAACAUUUUGAUGGUUUACACCGACACAAGUGUUGGUGCGUUAACAAAACUUUACACGGAUACAAAGUGUUUGUGAAUUAACAAAAAAUAGUUUUAUACCAACACAAAGUGUUGGUGCAAACCUGCGGGGUACAAAGUGGGGUACAAAAACAUGGGGUACAAGUAGCUUUAUCCAAUAACAAGUGACCAACACUAAGGUAUUUAAAUAAAUUUAUUUAAAAAAAUACUUUUUUUCCUUUUAAAAUCAACUUUAACAGAAGGAAAAGUUUUUAAAUAAAUUAAUUUUUUAAAAAAAUUACUCUAUACUCCCUCCGUCCUCCUAAGAUGUUCUCAUUUUGACUUUUGGUGGUUUUUAAGGAGAGUUGAAAAAAGGUGAAAGUUUACCAUAAUACCCUUAAUGAAAUAUGAGUGGAGUGUAUUAAAUGAGGUGGGUGGGGUGUAAUAAAUAAAGUAAGUAGGUGUAGUUAUGGUAUUUUAAUUGUUAAAAAAUGAAAUGGGAAGAUCUAUUGUGGACAAAGAAAAAGGGCUAUUGAGAAGAUCUAUGGGGGACGGAGGGAGUAUAAAAUAAGAAGUGGGUAGUGACCAAAACUAAGGUGUACACUCCGGCCCAUUAAGGCCCACCCACCCUCAAGUCUCAACCCAAUAGUUUCAUAAAAUUUGGAAAAUAAGAAAAAUGGCCCCUAAAUAAGGAAAAAGCCCAAAAAUCUAUCAUCAAAAUAUAAGCACAAAACCCUGCCUGAAUCUUGUGAACCUCUGUGAAGAAGAUGGAGUUUGAGAAGAGGAAAGCUUCGACUUUAGCGGCGAUGAACUCGCCGGAGCCGGACAAAUCUCCGAAAGGAAACGUAGACGCACCCAUCGUUCCUCUACUCGCCGCCAUCAACUCUCACCCUUUGUAUUUCACCACCAGCUCUUGCUCUGGCCGCAUCUCCGUCUUCGCUCACCCCACCGCCUCUUCUUCCACCAGCCCCGUGAAAUCCAAAGGCGGGAAGUGGGUCUUCAUCUCCCACGACCCAGUUGAUCCCGAUUCAGUCUCCCGACUUCUGUUGGGGGGCGAGUUGGCUCAGUCCUAUAGAGGCCACAGUUUUGUGUUCCGGUUCGAGCCUCUGAUCAUUGCAAUAGAGUGUAUGGAUGUUCAGGCAGCUCAGUGGUUGGUGGCAUUGGCUAUUUCUUGUGGAUUUAGGGAGAGUGGGAUCACCAGUGCUACUAACAAGCGAGUGAUCAUUGCUAUCAGGUGCUCGAUCCGAUUAGAGGUGCCUUUGGGCUGUAGCGAGAGGAUAAUGGUGUCACCGGAAUACUUGAAGUACAUUGCUGAACUUGCAAAUGAGAAGAUGGAUGCUAAUAGGAAGAGAACUGAUGGGUUUCUUGAUGCCUUGUUAAAAGAAGGAUCUUUUGGGCCUCAUAGUUGCAACGGAAAGCUUUUGUGCAGUUCUGAAGUGGAUUCUGAUGAAGCUUCAGCUUGUCUUGAUGGACCCGAGUCGGAAUUCGUGAGAAACUCUUCCAAAGGCUGUAUGAAUAGCAGUGAGGACGAUGAAAGCAAACGUUUCGACAGUACAAAAUGUGGAGGCAUUCCCUUAAAUGUGACAGCCAGUCUGAAUCUUUAAAUCAUUGACAGGAUCAUCAACUGUUUCCAGUUUCAACCUGUCUAGUAGUCAGAUGUUAACCAUAGGAGAGUCCGUUGAAAGAAUUUAUCUCUGGGGUCACUCUGCCUCUGCAAUUGAUGCAAUUGAGAAGAAAGUUCUAAUUUUUGGUGGGUUUGGAGGUCCAGGCAGACACACCCGUAGAAAUGAUCUGUUGAUUCUUGACCUACAAUUUGGUAAAUUAGAAGUUUUCGACGUUCAGGGAAUGCCAUCAUCACGUGUGGGCCAUACAUCUUCAAUGGUAGAAAAGCAUAUGUAUGUAAUCGGUGGAAGAGCUGAUCCGCUAAAUGUUCUGAAUGAUGUGUGGGCUUUUAGUUUGGUCAAAAAAGAAUGGAGGCUCUUGCAAUGUUCUGGCUCUUUAUUCCCGUCAAGGUGAUUUAUUAAUCAUUUUCCAAUAGUGCUCUACUUAAUGGAUU